AGUCGUUACCUCCGCUGCCCUGUGACCUGCAUUGUCCCCGUCCCAUCACAGUGCAUACCUCCCAGUCACCCCCUUGUCUACAGCAGUGUGUACAGGGGAAGCCCCUGUGGUCAGGACAUUACAGGAGACACAUCGCUGCGCUCUCUCUCCUCUCACUCUGGUGGCAGCAGCAGCAGCAGGACGUCCGGUGCAGCGGCGGCUCCUCGCGUGGAUCCCUUGAGGUGCAGCAGACCAUCGUUGGGGCACAGCAGAUACCAUGAGUUCAAAAGAGAGUGCCCGCCAGUCCACUUCUGCCGAGCAUCCUGCAUCCCCCUCAUCAGAAUCACCGAAGAGGGCACGGGGGAGACCUCGGAAACCGCAAAAAGAGCCAGCAGCUGGAGAACCCUCUCCUAAAAGACCCAGAGGAAGACCUAAGGGGAGCAAAAACAAAGGUCCUUCAAAAUCCGCACAAAAGAAAGAAGAGGGCAGCGGUGAGAAGCGUCCACGGGGGCGUCCAAGAAAAUGGCCGCAACAGGAAAAAAAGUCUGGUCAGGGAGAAACAGAAGAGGCCUCCUCACAUGAAUCUGAAGAGGACUAGACAGCAACCCACAUUCAUUUCUACCUCAAAAAGCAGUUGGGUUUCUAAGGUUCAGAAUCAGUCCCUUCAGUUUAUCUGGAUCUCAGAAAUGAAGAUGCUGCCGUGACCACUUAAUUUGUACCACCACCAUCUCUCCUCUAC